UCUGGUGUAGUAUUUCCGCGCGUCUUCAUUUAAUAUAAAGAAUAUGCGCCCGGAAAAGCGGCGAAUGUGAACCGGGUGUUAACAAGUCAGCUGCGGUUAUUUUUGACACUUGCAACAGAUAAACUGUCGCUUUGCAGCUCAACCUACCUUGAAAGCAGUCCGUAAUACGUCAAAGGAAGCGACAUCGCAACCAAUGGUGUUCCACUAAUGAAGUGACGUACUGCUCUUUGUCACGCCUUGAUCCUUCAACUGACCAAUCACAGAAAGUUUUUGAAACCAAGGUUCCUAUUCGCCUUCGGAUCAGCCGCUUCACGAAGAUGACCACGGUGGGCUAGUCAGACUUAAACAAGGAAACGCGGAUGUAUUUAAAUGAACCUUUUUCUAACUUUUUCAUCUAACUUUGCAUAGUAAAACCGUACUAUAGCCGCGUAAGGCAGCCUUUAAGAUGGCUUUCCGGGCCGGCGAGUGGCAUGCCGGAGGCAGGUCUAUAUGCUUCCUUAUUCUGCUGAACGUCGUGUUGUUCUCAGCUGGAGUUACAGCAACUCAAGAAGAGAAUAAAGUCCUCGCCAAUGAAGAACAGCCCGUGGAGCUCCAGAAGGCAUCCACCGGUCAUGCACCCGGCCCGGCGAUCAGUGAAACGGAGCCCAAUAAAGGAAACAUGGGUUUCAUUCAUGCUUUCGUGGCAGCUAUUUCUGUCAUUAUCGUCUCGGAAUUGGGAGACAAGACGUUCUUCAUCGCAGCCAUCAUGGCCAUGCGCUACAAUCGUCUCACGGUUUUGGUGGGAGCCAUGUUGGCUUUAGGACUCAUGACGUGCCUGUCAGUCCUGUUUGGUUAUGCCACCACCAUUAUCCCACGUAUCUACACCUACUACAUAUCAACCGCGCUGUUUGCCAUCUUUGGUUUGAGAAUGCUGAGAGAGGGGAUGAGGAUGAGUCCUGAUGAAGGUCAGGAGGAGCUGGAGGAGGUUCAAGCCGAUAUAAAGAAGAAAGACGAGGAGCUUCAACGCUAUAAGAUGGCCAACGGCGCAUCCGAUGUGGAAGCGGGUGCGACCAUGUUGCCUCAGAGGAAGUGGCACAGCGUGAUUUCACCCAUAUUCAUACAGGCGCUCACACUAACUUUCCUUGCUGAGUGGGGUGACCGUUCUCAGCUCGCCACCAUUGUGCUGGCUGCAAGAGAGGAUCCAUGUGGAGUAGCAGUUGGUGGAACAUUGGGACACUGCCUGUGUACAGGAUUGGCUGUGAUUGGAGGAAGGAUGGUAGCUCAGAAGAUCUCUGUCAGAACCGUUACAAUAAUCGGAGGGAUCGUGUUCCUGGCCUUUGCGUUCUCCGCCCUCUUUAUCAACCCAGACUCUGGAUUCUGAUUUUGAAGUGACGUUUGGUAUUCUUUUGUACAUACAAUCACGACAGUACAAGCCCAGACGAGUUGGUUUAAAGAGAUACUGUGAAUCGUGGAUGGCUUGUUUUGGGUGUGUGGUUUAUUUGUGUGAGUGAAACUAUGAAUGAAUGAGGACAAUUCACAGCUCAUGACAUAAUGAGCGUUUCAUUUUGGCUUAAUCCUUUAAUUGUUUUCUCUUUACUUUCAACCAGACCCAAUCUUCUGUUUUUAGACAUUCACCAUGUUUCUCCAGUAUGCCACUAAACAGUUUAAUUGAACUUGCUCAGAUCAUGUCAUGGUCCAGAGUGAUAUUUUAAUUAACAAUGAACCAUUUUUCUAUAUCAUUUUACACUGAUUAAAUGGUGCAUUAUGGGUAAAUCCUGUCCCUUUGGACUUGAGUGAUCCAGUCCAUCGUAUUCUCAUUUCAAGAACGGCUGUAAAACUAAGGCUAGAACAGCCACAAAAAGCAGCCCUUCAUCUUUCACAGCAGUCAAUCUCAGGAGAAUUUAGUAAUAAAACACCCACAAGAUCUUCAUCAAUUACAAACAAUGACAUGAAGAUUUGCAGCUUUUAACCAGAAGUCCACAUUUGUGUAAUUUUAGACCCUCUAUAGCAUGGGAUGUUUAGAAUGAUUUGACUUGUAAGAUGUUUUCACAAAUUCCCUCAAAAUAUGUCUAAUCUUGAUUAGUUUUGCCUUUUCUAAGCAGAUUUUAUUUAUUGGGUUACACUUUAUGAUAAGGUUACAUUCGCUAACAUUAAUGCCUAAUGUGUCAUGAACAAUCAAUGACCAUUGUUUUAAAGCAUUUAUUAACUCGCUUGUUUGUACAUUAACUUGAAAUGUGAAGUGAGAAGUAUUAGCAGAUGUAAAUAUACAGAAAUCCUGUACAGCUAUAGUUCUUUAUUGUAUUGCAUUAAUUAAUGUUAACGAAUUGAACCUUAUUGUAAAAUGUUAGCAUUUAUUCUAUUAUUUCCUUUCAGGCACAAAAACCUGAUUUUGUCAAAGUUGAAGAUUUUUAUUUGUUUGUAAAUCAAAGGGGGUGAUGUGCUGGUUUUUUGUAACAUUGUCAGGGUGACUUUGUCAAUAUUUGACAGCGGUUCCUCAACUUAGGAAAACCCGUUGAAGAGGAAUUAAUGACAAAACCAUGAUUCCUGUAAAUAUUGAAUAAAAAUGUAAGCCAGUCUCUA